AACAUUAUUAAUGGUAAAGUUGCUAUAGGAGUAGAGAGUGGCUCCAUCUAUAAAUAUAGCUAGCAUUGUUCAUAGUUUUUUGCAUCACAACAACUCUCUUCCCUCAUAAAUCAAUUUUUUUAAAAAUUUUUUUUUGCCUCCAUAGGAAAAAGAGAUUGUUGUGUGUUCUUUUAUUCAUCAAAAAAUUCAAGAUUCAGGAUCUUGAUAGUUGAAUUUACGAGUGGAUAGGGUGUGGGAGAGUGAGAAAAUGACGACUCGGAAUUUGGAGAAAUUGGCAUCCAUUGAUGCCCAACUGAGGGCUUUGGUUCCUGGUAAGGUUUCUGAGGAUGACAAGCUGGUUGAGUAUGAUGCUUUGCUUUUGGAUAGUUUCCUCGACAUCCUUCAGGAUUUGCAUGGAGUGGAUCUCAAGGAAACGGUCCAAGAGUGUUAUGAACUUUCUGCGGAGUACGAAGGGAAGCAUGAUCCAAAGAAGCUGGAGGAGCUUGGAAAUGUGUUGACAAGUUUGGAUCCAGGGGAUUCCAUAGUCAUUGCUAAAGCUUUCUCUCACAUGCUUAAUUUGGCCAACUUGGCCGAGGAGGUGCAGAUUGCCUACCGUCGACGACAAAAGUUGAGAAAGGGGGACUUUGCUGAUGAGAACAAUGCAACAACUGAAUCUGAUAUUGAAGAAACUUUCAAGAAACUUGUAGAGGAGUUGAAAAAGUCUCCUCAAGAAGUUUUCGAAGCUCUGAAGAACCAGACGGUGGAUCUAGUCUUAACUGCUCAUCCUACUCAAUCCGUCCGAAGAUCUUUGCUUCAAAAGCAUGGAAGGAUCCGAGAUUGCUUGGCUCAGCUGUAUGCUAAAGACAUUACACCGGAUGAUAAACAAGAGCUUGAUGAGGCAUUACAGAGGGAGAUUCAAGCUGCUUUCCGCACUGAUGAGAUUCGGAGGACUGCUCCAACUCCACAAGAUGAAAUGAGAGCUGGAAUGAGCUACUUCCAUGAAACUAUUUGGAAGGGUGUUCCUAAGUUCCUUCGCCGUGUUGACACAGCUCUUAAAAACAUAGGGAUUAACGAACGAGUUCCUUACAAUGCUCCUGUUAUUCAAUUCUCCUCUUGGAUGGGUGGUGAUCGGGAUGGCAAUCCAAGAGUGACUCCCGAGGUCACAAGAGAUGUCUGUUUAUUAGCAAGAAUGAUGGCAGCGAACUUAUACUAUUCGCAAAUAGAGGAGCUCAUGUUUGAGUUAUCUAUGUGGCGUUGCAACGAUGAAGUUCGUAUUCGAGCAGACGAACUUUACAGGUCCUCAAGGCAAGACACCAAGCAUUACAUAGAAUUCUGGAAAACAAUUCCGCCAAGUGAACCAUAUCGUGUAAUUCUUGGCGAUGUGAGAGAUAAGUUGUAUCAGACACGUGAGCGUACUCGCCAAGUGUUAGCCCAUGGAAUCUCUGAUAUUCCUGAGGAUGCAACUUAUAAUAGCAUUGAGCAGUUCUUGGAACCUCUUGAGCUCUGCUACAAAUCACUUUGUGAUUGUGGUGAUCGUCCCAUUGCCGAUGGAAGCCUUCUGGAUUUUCUAAGACAAGUUUCAACCUUUGGACUCUCAUUUGUGAGACUUGACAUAAGACAAGAGUCAGACCGUCACACUGACGUCCUUGAUGCCAUUACUCAGCAUUUGGAAAUUGGUUCAUAUCGUGAGUGGUCUGAAGAACGUAGACAGGAGUGGCUUCUUUCUGAACUCAGCGGCAAGAGACCUUUAUUUGGACCUGAUCUUCCAAAAACAGAAGAAAUUGCUGAUGUCUUGGAUACACUCCAUGUCAUAGCAGAACUUCCAUCAGACUGCUUCGGGGCAUACAUCAUCUCAAUGGCCACCGCACCAUCUGAUGUGCUUGCAGUUGAGCUCCUACAACGUGAAUGCCAUGUGAAGCAACCUUUACGAGUGGUUCCACUUUUUGAGAAAUUGGAUGAUCUGGAGGCUGCUCCUGCUGCUGUUGCACGUCUCUUCUCGAUUGAGUGGUACAGAAACCGGAUUAAAGGCAAACAAGAGGUCAUGAUUGGGUAUUCGGACUCUGGUAAGGAUGCUGGUCGGUUUUCAGCAGCCUGGCAGCUAUAUAAGGCUCAAGAGGAGCUUGUAAAAGUUGCUAAAGAACAUGGUGUGAAGCUAACCAUGUUCCAUGGUAGAGGUGGUACAGUUGGAAGAGGAGGUGGCCCCACCCAUCUUGCUAUAUUGUCUCAACCACCUGACACUAUUAACGGAUCUCUCCGUGUCACAGUUCAGGGCGAGGUUAUUGAGCAAUCGUUUGGGGAGGAACACUUGUGUUUUAGAACUCUCCAACGUUUCACUGCUGCUACCCUUGAACAUGGUAUGAAUCCACCUGUCUCUCCAAAACCCGAAUGGCGUGCACUUAUGGAUGAAAUUGCAGUUAUUGCUACAGAGAAGUAUAGGUCAAUCGUGUUCAAAGAACCCCGAUUUGUUGAGUAUUUCCGCUUGGCCACACCUGAGCUAGAAUAUGGUCGAAUGAACAUUGGCAGCCGUCCGUCAAAGCGUAAACCCAGUGGAGGCAUAGAAUCGCUCAGAGCUAUUCCAUGGAUCUUCGCCUGGACCCAGACAAGGUUUCAUCUCCCUGUCUGGCUUGGCUUUGGGGCAGCAUUUAGGUAUGCUGUUGACAAGGAUAUCAAAAACCUACGCAUGUUUCACGAGAUGUACAAUGCAUGGCCAUUCUUUAGGGUAACUAUUGACUUAGUUGAGAUGGUGUUCGCCAAGGGUGACCCGGGUAUUGCAGCUCUGUACGACAAGCUUCUUGUUUCAGAAGAUCUGUGGUCCUUCGGUGAGCUUUUGAGGUCCAAGUACGAAGAGACAAGAACCCUCCUUCUCCAGAUUGCUGGACACAAGGAUCUUCUGGAGGGAGACCCCUACCUUAAACAACGACUCAGGCUGCGUGAUUCCUACAUCACAACCUUAAACGUGUUGCAAGCCUACACUCUAAAGCGUAUACGUGAUCCAAACUACCAUGUCAAGCUGAGGCCUCAUAUUUCCAAGGAAUACAUGGAAUCAAAGUCAGCUGCUGAACUAGUGAAACUGAAUCCGACAAGUGAAUAUGCCCCUGGAUUGGAGGACACACUUAUCUUGACCAUGAAGGGUAUUGCUGCUGGAAUGCAGAACACAGGCUAAACGCAAAGAACCUCGUUCAUGUUUUUUUUUUGUAAUUUUAUACUCGAAAAAGCAUCAAUCUGGUUUACGAAAGAUGAUGUUUUUUUCAUCCUGUUCUGUUUUAUGUUGUGUGUUUGAGGUGGUGUUGUAUUUUAUGCCCACCCUAUAGAGAUCAUGUUUGAUCAAGUUGCUCGUCGCAACGCCUCGAGAAUAAGACUGCAGUUGAGCAAAUGUUGCACCAGCAUGUGUAAUCUCAUUUGCUGGCUUAAUGAAAUAUCUAUUUGCUUCCAACAUCCA